UUGGCGCGUUAAGAACAGUGUUCUCAAAUACUGGAACAUCCUUCGUGUAUCUCCUCCUUAGAGUUAAUCGAUUAACUCCAAUAUAAUGCCUUCCUUAUUUUCGGAGUUUAUGAUAUUUCUUUAAAUACCUUGUAUCCCAGAAGAGUCCUUGCUUUAGUUUCCAAUUUCAACUGGGAGCUUGGCAAGCCUUAAUCGGCCACGGCGAACUUGUUACUUUGCUUUCGUUGUAAAUGCGCAUGCAACCAUACAAAUAUCCAUCUUUGGUCGCUUAACAGUAAACUAGGAAUGAUCAAGCUGGCUAUAACGCGAGGCAACGCGAGUUGGAGUGCUUAUCAUUUCAAGUGGUCACAAGACACAAAGCGCAGUCCUGCGCUUGCAUUAGCCAAUAAUGAUACAAUUAUUCACUUCCUUUAGCGCAGGACUGCUAAUGUAUCAGCGAAUCCCGUAUUUAGCGUAAUAUCGGAACCCACGUGAACUGGUAACAGGGUCGUGGUGUCUGGCGCAGAGCAGCUAUGCCCUUGUCCCUGCCACUUGGUUAAACUACUCGGCUUAGUUUCGUAUUUUAAAUCAAACAUAUUGAUUAAAAAUAAACGUGUCACUAUAUAGUUAUGAAAGUGAUGCGAAAAGGAAAAACUUGUGAGUUAAUUACGAGUUUCGCGCACGACUGCACCGUUUUGUGCUUAUCUUUCAAGAUAUUUUGUACUUCACUGUUAGCAAAGCGGCCGUUAUCUUAUCAAAUCAAAAAUAAACUUAGAAUGAUCAAGCCACGUGAAGCAACGCGAGUUGGAGUGCUUAUCAUUGCAAGUGGUCACAAGACACAAAGCGCAGUCCUGCGCUUCCAUUAGCCAAUAAUGAUACAAUUAUUUACUUCCUGUCGCGCAGGACUGCUCGUGUAUCAGCGAAUCCCGUAUUUAGCGUGAUAUCGGAACCCACGUGAACUGCUACCUAGCGCAGAGCAGCAAUGCCCUUGUCCCUGCCACUUGGUUAAUCUACUCGGCUUAGUUUCGUAUUUUAACUCAAACAUAUGGAUUAAAAAUAAACUUGUCACUAUAUCCAGAGUACUUCUCAAUUAUUUGUUAAGAACUCGCUUAUUUUAAGAAAUUUCGGGCUCGUUGUGAGAGUAACGCGAAACGGCAAAACUUGAGCGCAGCCCUGCGCUCGCAUUAGCCAAUAAUGAUACAAGUAUUCACUUCCUCUUGCACAGGACUGCUCAUGUAUCAGCGAAUCCCGUAUUUAGCGUGAUAUCGCAACCCACGUGAACUGCUACCUAGCGCAGAGCAGCAAUGCCCUUGUCCCUGCCACUUGGUUAAUCUACUCGGCUUAGUUUCGUAUUUUCAAUCAAACAUAUUGUUUAAAAAAUAAACAUGUCACUAUAUAGUUAUGAAAGUGAUGCGAAACGGGAAAACUUGUGAGUUAAUUACGAGUUUCGCGCACGACUGCCCCGUUUUGUGCUAAUCUUUUAAGAUAUUUUGCACUUUACUGUUAGCAAAGCGGACGUUAUCUUAUCAAAUCAAAAGUAAACUCAAAAUGAUCAAGCCGGCUAUAACGUGAAGCAACGCGAGGUGGAGUGCUUAUCAUUGCAAUUGGUCACAAGACACAAAGCGCAGUCCUGCUCUUGCAUUAGCCAAUAAUGAUACAAUUAUUUACUUCCUGUCGCGCAGGACUGCGCAUGUAUCAGCGAAUCCCGUAUUUAGCGUAAUAUCGGAACCCACGUGAACUGCUACCUAGCGCAGAGCAGCUCUGCCACUUGGUUUAUCUACUCGGCUUAGUUUCGUUUCAAUCAAACAUAUUGAUUAAAAAUAAACAUGUCACUAUAUAGUUAUGAAAGUGAAGCGAAACGGGAAAACUUGUUCUUUAUUCUUCUCCAACAAAUCCAAGUUGAAACUCUUCCAAUGUAGUAACUCAAACACGACUGAAAAAAUAGCUGAAUGCGACCCCUAUUUGUACGACAUGAUCAUGCGUGGGAAAACAUUCUUUAGAUUCUACAACUUGCUGUUAACAUACGCCUUUUCAUUAUUAUAAUGGGCGGCAGGGAGUUCCUGUACUUGUAUCGCUUAUCUCUAGUGAUAAUUGUAUAAAAAAUCAAAAGUAAUUUACCGAAAAGAAGUCGAUCAAAUACUGCGCCACUAAUCACGUUAUCGCAGGCGAGUGUAGCUGGCGUACAUCUGUUUGACAACAUGGAACGACAUUCCUAAUAGUUUAGUAAGUCGCACCUAAAAAAACUACAAGAUAAUUACAACAAAAUCUAGAAAAUAUAAAGUGAAAUAUAGAAUAGAAUAUACGUCUAGUGACCCUGUCACAUUUCAAGAUAUUUUGUACUUCACUGUUAACAAAGCGGACGUUAUCUUAUCAAAUCAAAAAUAAACAUAGAAUGAUCAAGCCGGCUAUAAUGUGAAGCAAGGGGAAGUUGCGCUGGGCAAAAUCUCCCACAGAAGAAACACUGUUCGAAUGUCAGAUUGUCCAGCAGGGCGUAGACCUCACUAUUAAUCCCCCUGAAAUUGCCGUGGAUGUCUUGAGGGAAGAAAGAACACAUCUUCGGCACCUGGAGGCAAGUGCGCCACUUAACCGAUUAUUUCAUUUUUUGUAGUUUAGAUUAUUUCAAUUUUUUGUAGUUUAGAUGCUGAUUUUUGUUUCCGGGUGAGGUAAAAAAUUACGUUAAAUUACGUUUGCUUUUUUAGGUCAUCCGAGUUUGGGAGAACUGUGACCUCCUAUUCGCAAGAAUUGGCAGGGUCCUAUGGAAGGACUUAAAAACCCUGCAAAAAACAUGCCGGAAGAGCAAGCCGCGGUAAUGACUGUUCAUAUGGCGCCCGGCUGGCAACCUGGCUGGCUAAACGACCAGCUUAUUGACGCCUAUUUAUCUUUGAUGGAGGAGCAAAAAAAGAAAAUGAAAAAAACAGUUAUCACAGGAACUUGUCAUACGUUCAACUCCAUCAAGAAAACAGGAAAAUGGAGAUCGAAGGUAAAUCUAUCAAAGUACAGCAAAGUGCUUAUCCCAGGGCAAUUCGACGCUACAAAUCACUGGCAAUUAUGUGUCGUUGACCUUGAUGAAGGCACGAUUGCUUUGGUGGACCCUAUGUCUUUGGAAACUGACAUGGACAGUGUCGUUUUUAAUGAGAUGAGAGAAUUUCUAGAGAAGAGAGAAGGAAAUAAAAGCAAAGUGGAGUGGCGACAAAAAUGGAUUGCUCAUCCACUACAGAUAGAUUGUAUCAGCUGUGGGGUUUUCAUCUUAAAGAUAGCUGAAUGCUUAGCAUGGGACAUGGCUAUCUCUUCUACCAAAGUAAGUCAGCACUGGGAUGCAAAAUUGUUGUUUGCAAUGUUAAAGACCCCUAAGUAGGGGCAUUGCUUUAUCUCAUCAAGUUAAAUCGACUUAUUCUAUCUUGAAAUAUACCCCCUCUGUUCCCUGAUUAUCAACUAUUUUGAAUCGAUAGGAUGACGUAGAUGAGUACCGUUACGUUAUAGCGGGAAGACUGAUAACCGAAAAAUGGUGAAAAUGUCAAUCCAAAGCGAAGACGAAGUUUCUCUGGGAAAGUGUGACUGGAGGACUAAAACACUGAUAUCCCACUUUCGUCGAAUGGAGUUUACCAACUGAAGUUUGGAAUUUGUUAGAAUAGGUAGACAGGUUAAUUAGGAGUCCUGAAACAAGUAACAAGAAAUGGUUUUGAACAAGGUUUAUUUCCCCGGGGAGCUUCUUCAGGGUAAAAUAGAAAUAGAUAGGGAUGCUAGUCGGGAAAUUCGAAAAGUUCCCUAAAAAAUACCCGCACACCCGAAAUUGCUACCCUAUAAAAUACUCCAGAAGCAAAAAUGAUCCCUAAAAACGCAUUUUUUGUAUCCUAUUUCAUAACUAAGAAUGAAUGACAAAUUGUCAAAUAUUUUGUUUAGAAAUCGAAAGCUUUGCAGUAACAGAUGGCAAACUUGAAAAGUAAAAGUCUUCUAGCUGGGUUCUAGAGUUCUUUUAGACUAUGUUUGCUGUUUGUGGCUGGAUA